UUGAAGAACGUAGUAAAAGCUACGGAGAAUACACGUAACUUUCUAUUUAUUUUUAGGGAUUUUUCUAGAAUGAUCGAUUUGUAAAUCUGGAAUAGAAAGUUUAAUUGCUUUGUAGAUACGUAUUUUUAUUUUGAACCAAGGUUUAAUUGCAUGACGCCAUUUAAUAAGUGUACUUGGGAGGAAAGCGUGCAUUUCGAGAAAGCCAAAAAAGAAGUAACUGUGUCGAUUCGUUCGGGAAGUUUAGUACCGUUGGUUAUAGAAUAACGUUACUGAUCAAAGCAAGUUAAAAGUGAAACAACGGAAUAUCGAUCAAACAAUUGCACAUAUGCAAAUGUGACGUUCAUCGUGGUAAACACAAGAUACGGUGGAGGGCGUUUUUUUUUUAUGUUGUUGUUGUUCGAGGGUGUAAAGGUUGUGCAGAAGUCAUUAGUGUUUACGAGGACUGUUUAGUUUAUUGAUGGGCUAUAUAAGCAAGAAUUAGCAGAAUAGCAUGUUUUUUGAAGAAACGCAGUCCGUCGAUUUGUUUCCCUCCAACCGUUCGAACAACACAGGGUUCGUUUCUUGACCCAGGCCGAAAGCCCUUCAGUCGCGCCUCAACCCUCGCCCCGUAGAAACGUCACGAACGUAACGAACGCAAAACACGCCAGAGUCAAAGUUGGAACGCAAACAGUUGGAAAUACCACGGAUUUAUAUAUGUGAGAGAAGAAAAAUGGUUCCGAAGAACGAAAAUUCCACAAAGAUGGGCAUUUAUCAAGACACCGCAGAAUUGCAAAACAGAGAACUGCAGAGACUCGCCAUUCUGAAUAAGUACGAAGCAUACAUAAUGAAGAUCAUCGCUCAGAAUCAGAUCAGCAUUAUAAACCGGACGUAUCCAGACAAUCGGCUCAGCACGAAAUUCCUGGAGUACAUCCAGAGCAUCACGCAAUUUCUAAUCAACUACAACCAGACGAUAUACGAGAAAUGCAGCAAAUUUCCGUACUCCAGUUCGCUGAUGGAGUUCCUGGAGCUGUACGUGGCGCUGGAGCAUGACUCGAUGAUUAAAUUGAUGAAGGAUCGACGAUCGGUGGAGCAGAGGGUGCUAGAGUUGCUGCACAAAAUGUUCAGGCAUCGGCCGAAGGUCCAGAAGUAUAUUGUCCUCAGUGUUGUUGUGAACGCGAAGAACGAGCACGGUCUGACGAGAAGCUUCUGUCUAGAGUUCAUCACGAAGACCGAGAAGGAAAUGCUGUGGGCAAACAGGAACAACAAUUUAACGAUUGGCCGUGCGUUGCUCUCGAAGGUGUGGAUAAACCCCCAUCUGAAAAUGCUCACGCAGGAGUACGAUUCUAGCUACGAGGAUUCCGAUCUGGAAAUGGAUCUGACUAUCAAGGAGGAGAGGAAUAAGUUCCGCAGGAAGCGGCGGAAAUUGGAGAGGCCGCAAAAGCAGCAACCGAAUUCAAGCAACAAAGUACAUCUGGACACUAUGAGUGCUUCUAUAAAGAAGGAAAUCGUUUCUGUGCCGAAGAUCGAGAGGAGAUCGUGGCCGGAGCUUAGUGCGACCGGUGUUGAUUUGGAAGAUGUUAAAAACGUGCAAAUCAAAAGUGAGUUGUCUUUUAGUGAAACUGUGAUCAAACACGAGAGGAACGAUGAGGACGACAGUUCGAGUAGUGUAGAUAGGGCAGAUAGUUUUAAUAAUAGAAGAAACGCAAGUGAUGAACGUACAUUAGGCAAUAACAAUGGACAUUUUACGAAUUCCAAAGAGGACGGUGGUCACUCCGGAGGCGGUGGUCACGAAAACCAUAGUACAAAUAUUGGACUGAAUUGCUCAAACUUAAAAAGGGACACUGAAAUUGCUGUUCCAUCGGAAUGUACUAAGCAUAGCGAUAGCUCGGAAAAUUCCGUAAAAUCAAUGUUUAAAGAGUUAAUGGACGAUUUAAAGGCGAAUGCACACAAAAGAAAUACAACAGAAAGUGAAUCUUCUAAUCAGAGCAAGACAAAAGCAAUAAUCCAUCCAAAUGCAGAACUUCAAUCGAGCGGACCUUCAAUGAAAUCAGAACUUUCUGUUGAACAAAGCGAUAAUGUAGAAAGCCAUGCAGCAGACACGAAUCUUCCAGAAAGCAGCAAUAAGAACCCAGAUGUUCCAAUUCAGAUAAUCGUAAAAAUUGCAUUACUUCCCGAAGACCUGGAAAACAAUGUGAAAGCAAUAGAUAAUCCCUCACACUUGGAAACUUCCAACGUCAGGAUUAUUCCAGAGAUUGUAGCAGAUAGAAACUUCCAAGAAGAAUCUAAUGAGAGAAAACAUAAUCUAAAAAUAUUGGAACCUUCUAUACAAAAUCAAAAUUCAGAGCUUCCUAUUCAGGUGAUCGUGAAAGCAGUCUCACAUCCAGAAGUCAAAGCAAUUUCAAAUGAGAAAUUGAAAGAAAACAAAUUGACCCUCGAAAUUGAUAUUUUGGAGAAUUCAAGACGAAAUAACGAAGAUAAUAAACUUCAAGAGGUUUCCAAUGAAAAAAUCAAUUUGGAAAUUCCAAGUUCGGAAAUGAUUGCCGAAGAUAGAACCGACAAGAUUAGUUCACCUGCACAUGCAACGACUUCCCAACAAAAUGCAAGUACUGAAGAAGCAAACGAAACAGCAAAUGAGGAACGUAUUUUAGAAGAUGCAAAUCCAGACGUUGGACAAAGGUUAAGGGAUAUUCCACAAAUAAGAUGCGAAGAUACAUCCGUUUUACCUGUUAAUCAAGAUCAAGAACGAACGGGACUGAAGUGUUUAGAUGUGGAUUCCGAAAUUGCUUUGGAUAUCUCGUUAGGUAAUAUAUCAGAUAUACUAAAUACAAGUGAAUUAAGUGAAGAAGGAUUACUGAAUAAAUCGUAUUUGGAAAUGCUUGCAGACACAGCGGUUUCAGUGGACGACAGGAAAUUCAAUGAAAGUGUUACUAAAUUAACAAAAGUGAAGGCACACGAAUCCACGACAGAAGUAGAAGUUGAAACUGUCCAAGAACUUGAUUCCAAGAACGUAUCUGUUGAAAUGUUCGAGGAAACUCUUAACGAAAACGAAAGUCUUAAAAUCUUGACAACUAAUAGUAACGAUGAUGUUUUCACGCCUUCAGAAUCUACGCAGAAUAUCGAAGAGCAGAAUUCGAAUAUAAAUGAUGGAGAACUUUCAUUGGAGGAAACCGCUGUUGAAGAUGAUGAUACUCUGAAGCUUAUUGAAAGACUUGAAGAACAUUCAGGAGAAAGUAAGCAAUCUAAAUUGGAUGUAGAAGUAAUCAAUUCCGAUGUAUUGAAAGAAGUUGAUAUGGAUGAUUCUAAACUUAAUGGAAAUGAAUUAAUGGAAGAACUUGAAAACAUUGAAAAGCAACAAGCCGCGAAUAUUGAGGAAACUUGUUCAAAUAUUAACGAGAAUCAAUGCGAAGAAAUAUCUAAUAACGAAUUAAUCGAAGAAAUAGAUAAAUCAUCGUUUAUUUUCAAUGAAGAUAAUAAACAAACUGAAGAAUUGAAAGAGUCUAUGGAAACUACUGAAAAUAGCGAGAAUAUUUCAGAAAAUGUGAUAGAAUGUUCGAUGAAAAACUUUGAUAAAGAACUUAUUGAAGAAAAUGAACAUUUGGAUAAUUCUGCAGAAGUGACUUUUGAUGGAAUUGAUACGAAAUGUAAUGUAUCUAUACAGAACGAAUCGAGUGCAGAAAUAAUUGAUGAUAGUUUCGACUGUAAUCUAGUGGACGAGGAAGCAAUAAAAUCUAAUGAAGUUAUCGAGGAAAUUAUAAACCAAGAAAGUUUUAAAGAAAUUUCCGAAGAUAAAGUUGGUGAAAUAUGUGAUGAUCAUUUGCCAUUGGUCGUAAGUGAAGUAAAUAUAGACUCUAAAGUGAAUGACAUUAUUGAAGAGCGAAAUUUGGAUAUUGUUAUGCAAAGCGAAAAUUCUGAUGUUGACAAACAAAUUCAUGAGAAUACUUCAAUGGAAUUAUUUGUUCCAAUCAAUGACACCAGGGAGUGUAAUCAUCUUACAGAAAAUAUCAAAGAUGAUGAACAUACGAUUGUUUUGCAAGAAGGCGAAAGUAAUAAAAAUCAUAAUGAAAUGAUCGAACCGCUUGUUGAAACUUUUGAAAAACAUAACGAACUUUUUGAUGUUGAAAUGUUAGUGACUACAGAGCAACAAAGUGUAGAACUUGAAGUAAACAAAAAAGAUAUUGAACUUAAAGAAAGGGAUCAAAUUCAGGUCAAAGAAAUGGACGAAAUGGAAGAUAAAAAUGGACUUAAGGUCAAAGAAAUAGAAGAAGUCGAGGUAAAAGAAAAUUACGAAAUUGUGCGUAAAGAAUUGGAUCAAGCUGAGGUCAAACACUUGAACAAAAUUGUGGUUAGAGAAAAAGACGAACUUGAGGUUAAAGCAAAAGAAGUUGAGUUCAAAGAAAAUUACGAAAUUGAGCUUAAAGAAAAGGAUCAAGUUGAGGUCCAAGAAAUGGACGAAAUUGAAGAUAAGGAUAAAAAUGAACUUGAGGUCAAAGAAAUAGAAGAAGUUGAGGUAAAAGAAAAUUACGAAAUUGAGCUUAAAGAAAUGAAUCAAGUUGAGGUCAAACCAAUCAACAAAAUUGUGGUUAGAGAAAAAGGCGAACUUGAGGUCAAAGCAAAAGAAGUUGAGUUCAAAGAAAAUUACGAAAUUGAUCUUAAAGAAAAGGAUCAAAUUGAGGUCCAAGAAAUAGACGAAAUUGAAGAUAAGGAUAAAAAUGAACUUGAGGUCAAAGAAAUAGAAGAAGUUGAGGUAAAAGAAAAUUACGAAAUUGAGCUUAAAGAAAUGAAUCAAGUUGAGGUCAAACCUGUCAACAAAAUUGUGGUUAGAGAAAAAGGCGAACUUGAGGUCAAAGCAAAAGAAGUUGAAAAUUACGAAAUUGAUCUUAAAGAAAAGAAUCAAGUUGAGGUCCAAGUAAUGGACGAAAUUGAGCUGAAAGAAAAAAAUCAAGUUGAGGUCAAAUACAAAGAAGUUGAGUUCAAAGAAAAAGUCGAAAUUGACCUUAAAGAAAAGAAUUCAGUUGAGGUCAAAGAAAAGGCAGUUGAGUUUAAACAAAAAGACGAAAUUGACCUUAAAGAAAAAUAUCAAGUUAAUUUUAAAGAUAUGGACGAAAUAAUAGUCAAAGAAAAUGAUGAAGUGAUGUUAAUGGAAAAAGAUGGAGCUGAGGUUCAAGAAAAGGAUGAAGUGGAGGAAAAUAAAAUGGAAAACCAAUCUUCCUUACAGGAUAAAGAGGAAGAACAUCCUGAUGAUAAAGACAAAUUGGUUAUUGAAGAAUUUGUUGAAAGUGUCGAUCAUACGUCGGUCAAUAUAUCUACAGAAUAUUUUGAACAAGAAAAUAUGUUGGACCAAUCCCAUGUGCAAAAUACCGUAGUUGAGCAAAAUAUUUUAGUUGCCGAGACAUUAAAUGUUAUUGAGAAGAGUAAUAAUGAAGGUGAAACAAAAACAUCUGCUCAAUUUAUCGAUGAAAAAUAUCAAUUGGAAGACUCAACAAUCACCGAUAAAUGUAUUACAGAUAUCUGUGAAACUUCCAGUAUUGAUAAUAAUUUAAUGAGCUCCGAGUUUGUGAAUUUUGAAGAGGAGAUCGCUGUCGAAGUCGAAAUUGAAUGCGAAGAGGUUGUACAUGAAGAGGUUAUACAUGAAGAUGUUGUACACGAAGAGGUGUUAGAUUUUCCUGAAGAAAUACAACAGACAAGUGAAGAAAUACUAACAGAAAAAGUAAUAAAUAAAGAAGUGGAAAAUCCGAAAGACGAUAUUAAGAAAUUGGAUGAAUCAAAAUCAGAAUAUUUAGCAGAAAAAGAUGAUUUUAAUCCGGAAGUAUAUCAAAAUCAAGAUAUGAUGCCUGAACUUACCAAAGAAGAGGACAGUGGAAAUAAUAUCGAGCAUUUGGUGAAGAAAAUGAGACACAGAUUGGAUGACAAUUGGGUAAGGAGUGAUUCAACAGAAACGCAAAUAAUUAGCAAUAAGAAUCAAUCUCGGUCAUCAACUGAAGACAAUUUAAUGCCAGAACUUAAGAAGGAAAUUAAAAUUGAUAAUAAAAGGCGCGACAGGAAAAAGCGGAAGGAUGAUUUUGUGGUAAAUAAUACAGAAAAAGUGGAAUCACCAAAAGUGUCCACUGAAAAUCAGAUAUUUGAGUCGAAAAAUGAAACUAUUAAUACGAAUGAAGAUUCAAUGCGUAAACUUAGAAACGAUAGGAAAUCUGAUAAGAAAAAGUACGAAAAGAAAUCGAGUCAAAUUGCAAUUGAGAGUUUGGACUUCAGAAAUAAAUUUAAUGGACGUAAAUCGACUCCAAAGGAAGAUGAACAACAUUUGAUGCCGACUCUUGUAAAAGAACUUGAUGUAGAAAAGGAAGUCUCUAUUGAGAAAAACUUGGAUAAAUCACGUCAACACAUUGAAAAUAAAGUAAGUCCCAAAGUGAAAGAUGAUUCAGUUCCAAAGGUUCCCAAAGAAGCGAAACUCGAUUUUCGACCGGACUUUGAAAAACAAUCAAACAGUCCCAAAAAAAGUCAAGAUACCAUCAAGUUGCCGAAAGAGUUGCAAAAGUCUUUCGAACAUAUCAAGAUUUAUGCUCAGCGCUACUGUGGCUCGAAGAAAAGUGUUCCGAACAUCGAGCACAUCCUGAAAUCAGAAAAUCUGUUCUCCGGAGUACAGAGAAAGACUCAAAUCUUCGAAGCAUCAAAGACCGAAGAGAAUCAUCCAAUUGUCCGAAACAUUGAUAUUAUCAAAGAUGUUGAUAAAACAAUAGUUGAUAAACCGGUAAUUAAAAAUGAUGAAUUAAAUUAUAAAUCACUUGUGGAUACAACAAAAAGAACCGACGAGAGAAAAUCGUUGGACAACAGUCGACAUCGAAGAGAAAAAUCUUUGGAAAGUAAAUCCAAUUCGAAAUCUUCACACGAAAGCGAUAAUAAAUCAAAGAAAUAUUCUUCAAGUUCGAGCAGCAAAAGGAAGCAUGACAGUAAAACCAAAGAUAUCGAUGAAAGUAAAUCUACUAAACGUGUACGGAGUGAAUCAUCUUCGCAUUCAGAAAAUUCAACAAAGCUUGUAGAUGAAAAACAGAAAAGACAUUCUAGAUCUGUGAGUUCUGAGAAAUCCACAAGUAAUGUUAAGGAAUUGGAAAAAAUGAAGAGGGACAAAAGUAGACAAGUUGAAAGUAGUCAAAAAUCCGUGGAUAAAGAGUCUGAUAAACGCGAAAAAGAGUCGUCGAGAAGUUUAAAGAGGAAAUCAUCAUCGGAUUUAAAGAGUGUGGAGAGCAAAUCGAGGAAAACAUCGUCUUCGGAAAGCAAACGAACCAGCAAAGAUAGAGACACGAUAUCGGCAAUUUCGCUAAAUUCAAGCAGUUGCAAAUCAAAGGACUCCGAAUCUUUUUCGAAUGAAACAGCUACAUCCACGACCGUAAAAACGAUUGUUGUUAAAAGCAAAGAUGAAAUGGAAAAGACACAACAUGAAAACAUUAAUCAAUUUAAUUCAAUUUUCGAGAAAGGUAAGAAAAAUAUAGAUGAAAAUACAGAAAGCAAAUCCAAAAAACGUAAUCGAUGUGAAUCGUCCUCGUAUUCUGAUCUACCAGACGAAAAGAAUAAGAGAUAUUCUAGAUCAAGGAGUUUAGAAAAAUCGUCUAGUAAAUCUAGGGAAUUGGAGAAAACGAAUAAGGAUAAAAGGAAGCGCGAUGAAAGGACUGAAAGUAAAAGAAAAUCUGUAGAUAAAGAAGUAGAAAAACUAGCGAAAAGUUCACCGAGAAGUUUGAAGAAGAAAUCAUCUUCGUCAGAACUAAAACCGAAUGAAGUGAAAACAUCCAAUUAUAAAUUAACUAGCAAAGAUAAUGUUGCAGUAACAUCAUUAACCACGGAUUCAGACACUGCGAAGAAAUUGGUGAAGGAAGAAUGUGGAAAGUCAAUUGGAUUGAAAAUUCCCCAGAAUGAAAAGAUAUCUUAUGUUGAUCAAUAUCUUAUUAGGCAACGGGAGAUUCAGAAUAAAGAAAAGUAUGAUAAAUUGGAAGAUUGUCACACAUUUUCUGAGAAAGUCUGGCAUAAUGAAGAACGAUAUUCUAAGACCGAUUCGCCGAAGUCUACGCAAUUGGAUGCGACGCUAGAGGUCAAGUCGGAAGUGAUAUUUAGGAGCAGAUCGAGAUCAAUCGAAAUAGAUCAUUUGAAGGAUGCGAGAUGCGAAGAAAUUGAAUCCGAUUCGGGAAUCUCUUGUUUAACUACAACAAAAUCUAUGGGAACCAUAGCAGAGAUUUCAGAAGAUGAGCUCAAUAUGUUGGAGGUUUCACCAAACGUCCCACAGAUCGAUGAUGUUAAGGAGGAGCCGAUCUGCGAAAGUACUGAGAAACAAACAGAAGAUAAUUUAAAUUCAAUUGCAGUUGCUGAAGAUGCUUGCGGGUUUCUUGGAAUUAAAGUGGAAGAAACGGAGUCCAGUGAAUCGCCUGAAAAAGAUUGCAUUAAAUCGACCGAGGAUAUGGGUAAAGGAUUGGAAACGUUGAAAUCGUUCACGGAAAGUCUUUUGGAAUCGCUGGGCAGGACUAAUGCGAGUGCUCCGGUUGUUAAACGGGAACUCGACAAAGAUCAGAUGAGCUCCAGCGCAGUGACGCAGCCUCUGUCAUUCGCCUUUCAGACGUAUGCCGAAUUCAUAGGUGACGACGAAGAGGACGAUAUUAAGUCGCAAAGGAAUCGCAAAUUGCUCGGCGAUCUCUCGCUUGGGGAUUCGCUGAAAUGUGACAAUCCUUCCCAAUCUCAGGUCUUCGAUUAUGAGCCGAAACUGUACGGUUUCGGAAGUUUGCCCUGUGUUAAAGAUAGUUUAGUUUAUGAUACGGAUUUUAUGCAAGUUAAAGUACCUGAAGACAUUACCGAAAGUCAGAAAACAGUGGACAGCUUGAAGAUCAUCGAGAACAUCAGCAUGAAUUUCGCGCCCGGCAAAGAGUCGGAGGAAGAAGAGGAAGAUGGUAGCAGAGAAGGCGAUGGGAAAGAGCAAGAGGACGAUGAGGAUGCGGAAGAGGGCGAACAGGAGAAUGAUAGGGAUGAGGUGUCGUUGGAUCAUACUUAUAUCAAGCCUAAACUGGAAAUCGAGGAGAUUCCCGAGAUGGUGAUCAGCUCCGACCUGCAGAUCGGCGAUACGAUUAUUCUGGAUGAGGAUCGGCGAGACAAUUCCAGUUUGGGCGUCUGCUUCAAUCCGACGAGAGACUACAGUUUCGUGGAGCAAAUCGUGAACGUGCCUUCCGUUGAGCACUUGCUGUCCGAGAAUCAGUUCUCGACGUCCGAGAUCGUCAACGAGUUCUGCGAAGACGUUUUCGAGGGUGGUCUUGAGCUGAAGAACAUCAGUCCGAUGAAACCCAUUGAGCACAGGCUCAAAACUCCAGAAAAAUCAAUCAAAGUCGAACCGACUGUGACACUGCCUCUGCCACGAUACAAGAGGACGAAAGUGAAAGCGCCCCCGAAAAAAUCACCAAAUUCAUAGAACAUGCACUACUUGUACAUACUUAUAAAUAUCCUUAAUUUAUUAUUUGUAAUAUUAUAUAUUUUUUUUUA